AUGACUGUAAAUGAUAUCAACUAUGCCCAGAAUCUCAUAUACACCCAUAAAUCCCCCCUAAUUCCCCACCCGCGCGACCCCACCACGCAGAUCCAAAACUGGGACACUCUUUCCGCGCUCGACAUCCCCUUCCUCAGCGCAUCACUAUCCUACAUCCAUGCGCAUGGACACCUCCCGCCACGCUUACGCUCCAAGGAGGAUUUGAACGAUGUGGCCGAGUCCGGGGUGUCAGAGGAGGUUGUUUCUCGGAUGAGGGAGGUGGUUAGGGGGCGAGUACCUUCCUACUUUCUGGAGGAUAAUACCAACUCUGUUUCUGGGGAUGGUGUCAGGACAAUCGUCUUUCUGGAGGGUUUCCUGUUAUUCGCACCCCCGAAGGAGGAAGAUCCGCGGCAUGGGUUGAGGGAUGUGCAGGAGAAGAUGGACGUGAGGUUGUUUUUGCCGGCGAGGUAUGACAAUGUGAAGGAGAGGAGGGAGGGGAGGAGUGGGUAUGUGACUAUUGGGCCGGCGCCGGUGCAGCAGGGUGGUGGUGGUGGUACGGAGUUGCCGCAGAGAGGGUCAGUGGAGGUGGAUUUGGAGGAGGAGGAUGAUCGGCCGCCGCAGAGUUUCUGGGAGGAUCCGCCGGGAUAUGUUGAUGAUAUUGUGUGGCCUAAUUAUGUGCAGGAUCAUGCGUGGUUGUUGUUGCCGGAGGGGGAAGAAGGGUCGGCUCAGACGGCAUGGAAGGAUGCGGACACGCAGGAGCUGGUCAGGUUGGUGGGACAGGGAGUGAAUCUCAGAUUGGAUACAGGUGUAACGGUGGCUCCUGGACAAGGAAAGGCGUCCAUGACAGACAUCCUCGAGUGGGCUGUCGAGGAAGUACUCAAGCAUAUUGCGGAAACAGAAGGACAAUGA